GCAAACCAAAGCUACGGGAAACCGGGAACCGGUGUAGUCUCAUGAAAUCUACAGAACCAAACCCAGAAUGGAACGCGACGAUAGAUACAGAAAUCGUUAUAGAAACAGUGAGAAACGAACAGUACAACCUUACAAGCAACGUGUAUCAUGUAGUGAGUGCUUCAGAUGAGAACCGGACAUGCAUAGACAAUUCAUCCGAGUGCUAUAGGAAAAACGACUAUGACACUAUAGAGAUAAGUGUUGUUAUUGUGCUAUGUGUUCUUAUAGUGGUGACAGUGAUCGGUAAUACAUUGAUAAUUUCGGCGGUGGUGACCACCAAACGGUUGCGGACGGUGACCAAUUGUUUUGUGACCAGUUUGGCGGUUGCUGAUUUGCUGGUCGGCAUUUUUGUUAUGCCGCCUGCGAUUGCUGUUCAUAUUAGUGGUAAAUGGGAGCUCGGCUGGGUCCUCUGCGAUAUCUGGAUCAGCCUGGACAUCCUCCUCUGCACUGCAUCCAUUCUAUCCCUCUGCGCCAUCAGCGUCGACCGAUACUUGGCUGUUACGAGGCCAUUGACGUACUCUCGAAGACGAAGGUCCAAGAAACUGGCUCUCACCAUGAUUUUCUUUGUAUGGAUCGCAGCUGGCGCCAUAACGUGCCCCCCUAUGUUUGGAUGGUACGAGCCUGACCACAACCAAGGUGGAGUGUGCCGAUACAACCAGAAUCCAGGCUACGUGGUAUUCUCUGCCAUGGGUUCCUUCUUCCUUCCAAUGGCGGUGAUGGUGUAUGUGUACGCGAGAAUAUCCUGCGUGGUCGCGAGGAGACAUCAGCAGCUUGCCAGCAGCACUAAGUGUAGUAAGAGAGAUAAAUUAUCAUGUAUACGUACAGAAUCCGACUCUGGUUCAGAUAAGCUCUCCUUACGGCAAAGUGCGUCGAAACAAACAUUCAAAAACUCAAACCAACAAAGCGAGAGCUCAUCCCAAGGGGACCACAAAUGCUGCUGUUUUAAAGAGAAGAAAAUCAAACAAAAAUACAGGAGCAAAGAAAAGGAGUCAAGGUUUUACAACGAGGUAACAUUUAAGGCGAAUUUUAAAUAUAAGAACACCACACGGAGAUCGCAGUCUGUGAAGGAACAUGAAAACAACCGUGUUUCAUCGCUACGAAGAGAGACGAAGACAGCUCAAACGUUGAGCCUCGUUGUUGGUGGAUUUGUGGCUUGCUGGCUACCCUUCUUCCUGUACUAUCUGCUCACUCCAUUUAUACCUAGUAACUAUGUAAAUCCAGUACUAAUGUACGUUCUUACUUGGUUAGGGUGGUUUAAUUCAGCAAUAAAUCCUUUUAUAUAUGCUUUUUACUCACCAGAUUUUAGAGUAGCCUUUUGGAGAUUAACUAUUAGGAAAUGUAUAAGGAAUAAACGAAAGUAAUUGUAAAUAUU